AACAGUACCUCGAGUAGACUUAUACCUGUUCUACACAAGCGAAUGGGUUUUGGUGUGCUUCGCUCGCUUAUCAUUCAAGCAAAGAGGAACCAAAAUAAAACCACGAAAAACAUUCAGCGUUCUACGUAAAAUCAAAUUCAUCGUAAUGUAGCAUCGCGUUUAAAUUUAUUUUCGAUUGCAUUUAUUCGUACUUUAUAAUGUGAUAUUCGCCCUGAUUUAUUAGUAAAGCCCUCAAUAGAUCACAAUGGAAGAAGAACAACCACCCGAAGACUACUCCUGCUAUUUCAAAGCGUCCAAUCUAGAAACAGAGAUCCUGCCAAUCAGCUCCAGCAUCGACGAAAUACUGCUCCGGAUGGAAGAGUUCGAAAACCUUCUCGGAAUGGUCAAGGAGGAAUCGUCAGUUGCCGUCCAGCAGAACAUUCCUGAGAUAGCGGCCAUGAAGCCGGAGUUCGACAGUCUGUGCGACCGGUUAGAUGCGCUCGAGCGCUUCGUUGCCAUGGUUUCCAAGAAUCUGGAUGCCGUCGAGCGGCAGGUUCAGAUAGCCGAGGAAGAACUGGACAUUCCGGACAAGACCAUCAACGUACUGCUGAAAUCGUUGAACAUUUUCGGGAAGCCCAAGCCAACCGAGCGACAGACGAAUAGGAAUGCCAACGGAAUGUACGAACCGACUAAGGUCUUCAAGACGGAGAAUUACUUUGGGGCUGCGAAUGAUGGGGCGGGUAGCAGUUCCGGGGUGGACAGUUCCGAAGAGGCCAAAAAGUGAAGUGUUAAUGUUACGCGAUGGGGGACAAUAAAUAUCUAUUUUGUAAUGAA